AUGACAAGUUCAGGAGAUGAAGGAUCAGGUGUGACAGAGGAAAUGCUGACGUUUUCGGGAGAACAAACGACAGCUGUAGACGAAAGCCUGUCCAUUCCAACCGUGACCACAGACACUUUCCAAACUGCAGCACUACCCGAUGAGGGAUCAGCAAUAACAGAGGAAAUGAUAACAUCUUCAGGAGAAGAGACUUCAAGUGGUGCAACACCAGAAACAACAAGUCCAGUGAUUGUCACCACUCUAGCACCAGACGACAAACAAACAGUGACUGAAGACUUCUCCGGCAUAACUGAAGAUAUGUUUACAGCCUCAGGAGAUGAAACGGGAAGCACAACAACAGCAGAGACUACUAGUCCUGCUACAAUGUCUACCUCCCAGGCAGAAGAAAUGACAAGUUCAGGAGAUGAAGGAUCAGGUGUGACAGAGGAAAUGCUGACGUUUUCGGGAGGACAAACAACAGCUGCAGACGAAAGCCUGUCCAUUCCAACCGUGACCACAGACACUGUCCAAACUGCAACACUACCCGAUGAGGGAUCAGCAGUAACCGGGGAAAUGAUAACAUCUUCAGGAGAAGAGACUUCAAGUGGUGCAACACCAGAAACAACAAGUCCAGUGACUGUCACCACUUUUGCACCACACGACAAACAAACAGUGACUGAAGACUUCUCCGGCAUAACUGAAGAUAUGUUUACAGCCUCAGGAGAUGAAACGGGAAGCACAACAACAGCAGAGACUACUAGUCCUGCUACAAUGUCUACCUCCCAGGCAGAAGAAAUGACAAGUUCAGGAGAUGAAGGAUCAGGUGUGACAGAGGAAAUGCUGACGUUUUCGGGAGAACAAACGACAGCUGUAGAGGAAAGCCUGUCCAUUCCAACCGUGACCACAGACACUGUCCAAACUGCAACACUACCCGAUGAGGGAUCAGCAAUAACCGAGGAAAUGAUAACAUCUUCAGGAGAAGAGACUUCAAGUGGUGCAACACCAGAAACAACAAGUCCAGUGACGGUCACCACUCUAGCACCAGACGACAAACAAACAGUGACUGAAGACUUCUCCGGCAUAACUGAAGAUAUGUUUACAGCCUCAGGAGAUGAAACGGGAAGCACAACAACAGCAGAGACUACUAGUCCUGCUACAAUGUCUACCGCCCAGGCAGGAGAAAUGACAACUUCAGGAGAUGAAGGAUCAGGUGUGACAGAGGAAAUGCUGACGUUUUCGGGAGAACAAACGACAGCUGCAGAGGAAAGCCUGUCCAUUCCAACCGUGACCACAGACACUGUCCAAACUGCAACACAAGCCGAUGAGGGAUCAGCAAUAACAGAGGAAAUGAUAACAUCUUCAGGAGAAGAGACUUCAAGUGGUGCAACACCAGAAACAACAAGUCCAGUGACUGUCACCACUCUAGCACCAGACGACAAACAAACAGUGACUGAAGACUUCUCCGGCAUAACUGAAGAUAUGUUUACAGCCUCAGGAGAUGAAACGGGAAGCACAACAACAGCAGAGACUACUAGUCCUGCUCCAAUGUCUACCUCCCAGGCAGAGGAAAUGACAAGUUCAGGAGAUGAAGGAUCAGGUGUGACAGAGGAAAUGCUGACGUUUUCGGGAGAACAAACAACAGCUGCAGACGAAAGCCUGUCCAUUCCAACCGUGACCACAGACACUGUCCAAACUGCAACACUACCCGAUGAGCGAUCAGCAAUAACCGAGGAAAUGAUAACAUCUUCAGGAGAAGAGACUUCAAGUGGUGCAACACCAGAAACAACAAGUCCAGUGACUGUCACCACUUUUGCACCACACGACAAACAAACAGUGACUGAAGACUUCUCCGGCAUAACUGAAGAUAUGUUUACAGCCUCAGGAGAUGAAACGGGAAGCACAACAACAGCAGAGACUAAUAGUCCUGUUACAAUGUCUACCUCCCAGGCAGAAGAAAUGACAAGUUCAGGAGAUGAAGGAUCAGGUGUGACAGAGGAAAUGCUGACGUUUUCGGGAGAACAAACAACUGCUGUAGACGAAAGCCUGUCCAUUCCAACCGUGACCACAGACACUGUCCAAACUGCAACACUACCCGAUGAUGGAUCAGCAAUAACCGAGGAAAUGAUAACAUCUUCAGGAGAAGAGACUUCAAGUGGUGCAACACCAGAAACAACAAGUCCAGUGACUGUCACCACUUUUGCACCAGACGACAAACAAACAGUGACUGAAGACUUCUCCGGCAUAACUGAAGAUAUGUUUACAGCCUCAGGAGAUGAAACGGGAAGCACAACAACAGCAGAGACUACUAGUCCUGCUACAAUGUCUACCUCCCAGGCAGGAGAAAUGACAAGUUCAGGAGAUGAAGGAUCAGGUGUGACAGAGGAAAUGCUGACGUUUUCGGGAGAACAAACGACAGCUGCAGACGAAAGCCAAUCCAUUCCAACCGUUACCACAGACACUGUCCAAACUGCAACACUACCCGAUGAGGGAUCAGCAAUAACAGAGGAAAUGAUAACAUCUUCAGGAGAAGAGACUUCAAGUGGUGCAACACCAGAAACAACAAGUCCAGUGACUGUCACCACUUUUGCACCACACGACAAACAAACAGUGACUGAAGACUUCUCCGGCAUAACUGAAGAUAUGUUUACAGCCUCAGGAGAUGAAACGGGAAGCACAACAACAGCAGAGACUAAUAGUCCUGAAACAAUGUCUACCGCCCAGGCAGGAGAAAUGACAAGUUCAGGAGAUGAAGGAUCAGGUGUGACAGAGGAAAUGCUGACGUUUUCGGGAGAACAAACGACAGUUGUAGACGAAAGCCUGUCCAUUCCAACCGUGACCACAGACACUGUCCAAACUGCAACACAAGCCGAUGAGGGAUCAGCAAUAACAGAGGAAAUGAUAACAUCUUCAGGAGAAGAGACUUCAAGUGGUGCAACACCAGAAACAACAAGUCCAGUGACUGUCACCACUCUAGCACCAGACGACAAACAAACAGUGACUGAAGACUUCUCCGGCAUAACUGAAGAUAUGUUUACAGCCUCAGGAGAUGAAACGGGAAGCACAACAACAGCAGAGACUACUAGUCCUGAAACAAUGUCUACCUCCCAGGCAGAGGAAAUGACAAGUUCAGGAGAUGAAGGAUCAGGUGUGACAGAGGAAAUGCUGACGUUUUCGGGAGAACAAACAACAGCUGCAGACGAAAGCCUGUCCAUUCCAACCGUGACCACAGACACUGUCCAAACUGCAACACUACCCGAUGAGCGAUCAGCAAUAACCGAGGAAAUGAUAACAUCUUCAGGAGAAGAGACUUCAAGUGGUGCAACACCAGAAACAACAAGUCCAGUGACUGUCACCACUUUUGCACCAGACGACAAACAAACAGUGACUGAAGACUUCUCCGGCAUAACUGAAGAUAUGUUUACAGCCUCAGGAGAUGAAACGGGAAGCACAACAACAGCAGAGACUAAUAGUCCUGUUACAAUGUCUACCUCCCAGGCAGAAGAAAUGACAAGUUCAGGAGAUGAAGGAUCAGGUGUGACAGAGGAAAUGCUGACGUUUUCGGGAGAACAAACAACUGCUGUAGACGAAAGCCUGUCCAUUCCAACCGUGACCACAGACACUGUCCAAACUGCAACACUACCCGAUGAUGGAUCAGCAAUAACCGAGGAAAUGAUAACAUCUUCAGGAGAAGAGACUUCAAGUGGUGCAACACCAGAAACAACAAGUCCAGUGACUGUCACCACUUUUGCACCAGACGACAAACAAACAGUGACUGAAGACUUCUCCGGCAUAACUGAAGAUAUGUUUACAGCCUCAGGAGAUGAACCGGGAAGCACAACAACAGCAGAGACUACUAGUCCUGAAACAAUGUCUACCUCCCAGGCAGAGGAAAUGACAAGUUCAGGAGAUGAAGGAUCAGGUGUGACAGAGGAAAUGCUGACGUUUUCGGGAGAACAAACGACAGCUGCAGACGAAAGCCAAUCCAUUCCAACCGUUACCACAGACACUGUCCAAACUGCAACACUACCCGAUGAGGGAUCAGCAAUAACAGAGGAAAUGAUAACAUCUUCAGGAGAAGAGACUUCAAGUGGUGCAACACCAGAAACAACAAGUCCAGUGACUGUCACCACUUUUGCACCACACGACAAACAAACAGUGACUGAAGACUUCUCCGGCAUAACUGAAGAUAUGUUUACAGCCUCAGGAGAUGAAACGGGAAGCACAACAACAGCAGAGACUAAUAGUCCUGAAACAAUGUCUACCGCCCAGGCAGGAGAAAUGACAAGUUCAGGAGAUGAAGGAUCAGGUGUGACAGAGGAAAUGCUGACGUUUUCGGGAGAACAAACGACAGCUGCAGACGAAAGCCUGUCCAUUCCAACCGUGACCACAGACACUGUCCAAACUGCAGCACUACCCGAUGAGGGAUCAGCAAUAACCGAGGAAAUGAUAACAUCUUCAGGAGAAGAGACUUCAAGUGGUGCAACACCAGAAACAACAAGUCCAGUGACUGUCACCACUUUUGCACCACACGACAAACAAACAGUGACUGAAGACUUCUCCGGCAUAACUGAAGAUAUGUUUACAGCCUCAGGAGAUGAAACGGGAAGCACAACAACAGCAGAGACUACUAGUCCUGAAACAAUGUCUACCGCCCAGGCAGGAGAAAUGACAAGUUCAGGAGAUGAAGGAUCAGGUGUGACAGAGGAAAUGCUGACGUUUUCGGGAGAACAAACGACAGUUGUAGACGAAAGCCUGUCCAUUCCAACCGUGACCACAGACACUGUCCAAACUGCAGCACUACCCGAUGAGGGAUCAGCAAUAACCGAGGAAAUAAUAACAUCUUCAGGAGAAGAGACUUCAAGUGGUGCAACACCAGAAACAACAAGUCCAGUGACUGUCACCACUUUUGCACCACACGACAAACAAACAGUGACUGAAGACUUCUCCGGCAUAACUGAAGAUAUGUUUACAGCCUCAGGAGAUGAAACGGGAAGCACAACAACAGCAGAGACUACUAGUCCUGCCACAAUAUCUACCUCCCAGGCAGAAGAAAUGACAAGUUCAGGAGAUGAAGGAUCAGGUGUGACAGAGGAAAUGCUGACGUUUUCGGGAGAACAAACGACAGCUGUAGACAAAAGCCUGUCCAUUCCAACCGUGACCACAGACACUGUCCAAACUGCAACACUACCCGAUGAGGGAUCAGCAAUAACAGAGGAAAUGAUAACAUCUUCAGGAGAAGAGACUUCAAGUGGUGCAACACCAGAAACAACAAGUCCAGUGACUGUCACCACUUUUGCACCACACGACAAACAAACAGUGACUGAAGACUUCUCCGGCAUAACUGAAGAUAUGUUUACAGCCUCAGGAGAUGAAACGGGAAGCACAACAACAGCAGAGACUACUAGUCCUGAAACAAUGUCUACCGCCCAGGCAGGAGAAAUGACAAGUUCAGGAGAUGAAGGAUCAGGUGUGACAGAGAAAAUGCUGACGUUUUCGGGAGAACAAACGACAGCUGUAGACGAAAGCCUGUCCAUUCCAACCGUGACCACAGACACUGUCCAAACUGCAACACUACCCGAUGAGGGAUCGGCAAUAACCGAGGAAAUGAUAACAUCUUCAGGAGAAGAGACUUCAAGUGGUGCAACACCAGAAACAACAAGUCCUGUGACUGUCACCACUUUUGCACCAGACGACAAACAAACAGUGACUGAAGACUUCUCCGGCAUAACUGAAGAUAUGUUUACAGCCUCAGGAGAUGAAACGGGAAGCACAACAACGGCAGAGACUACUAGUCCUGCUACAAUGUCUACCUCCCAGGCAGAAGAAAUGACAACUUCAGGAGAUGAAGGAUCAGGUGUGACAGAGGAAAUGCUGACGUUUUCGGGAGAACAAACGACAGCUGUAGACAAAAGCCUGUCCAUUCCAACCGUGACCACAGACACUGUCCAAACUGCAACACUACCCGAUGAUGGAUCAGCAAUAACAGAGGAAAUGAUAACAUCUUCAGGAGAAGAGACUUCAAGUGGUGCAACACCAGAAACAACAAGUCCAGUGACUGUCACCACUCUAGCACCAGACGACAAACAAACAGUGACUGAAGACUUCUCCGGCAUAACUGAAGAUAUGUUUACAGCCUCAGGAGAUGAAACGGGAAGCACAACAACAGCGGAGACUACUAGUCCUGCCACAAUAUCUACCUCCCAGGCAGGAGAAAUGACAAGUUCAGGAGAUGAAGGAUCAGGUGUGACAGAGAAAAUGCUGACGUUUUCGGGAGAACAAACGACAGCUGUAGACGAAAGCCUGUCCAUUCCAACCGUGACCACAGACACUGUCCAAACUGCAACACUACCCGAUGAGGGAUCGGCAAUAACCGAGGAAAUGAUAACAUCUUCAGGAGAAGAGACUUCAAGUGGUGCAACACCAGAAACAACAAGUCCAGUGACUGUUACCACUUUUGCACCACACGACAAACAAACAGUGACUGAAGACUUCUCCAGCAUAACUGAAGAUAUGUUUACAGCCUCAGGAGAUGAAACGGGAAGCACAACAACGGCAGAGACUACUAGUCCUGCUACAAUGUCUACCUCCCAGGCAGAAGAAAUGACAACUUCAGGAGAUGAAGGAUCAGGUGUGACAGAGGAAAUGCUGACGUUUUCGGGAGAACAAACGACAGCUGUAGACGAAAGCCUGUCCAUUCCAACCGUGACCACAGACACUGUCCAAACUGCAACACUACCCGAUGAGGGAUCAGCAAUAACAGAGGAAAUGAUAACAUCUUCAGGAGAAGAGACUUCAAGUGGUGCAACACCAGAAACAACAAGUCCAGUGACUGUCACCACUUUUGCACCAGACGACAAACAAACAGUGACUGAAGACUUCUCCGGCAUAACUGAAGAUAUGUUUACAGCCUCAGGAGAUGAAACGGGAAGCACAACAACAACGGAGACUACUAGUCCUGCCACAAUAUCUACCUCCCAGGCAGGAGAAAUGACAACUUCAGGAGAUGAAGGAUCAGGUGUGACAGAGAAAAUGCUGAUGUUUUCGGGAGAACAAACGACAGCUGUAGACGAAAGCCUGUCCAUUCCAACCGUGACCACAGACACUGUCCAAACUGCAACACUACCCGAUGAGGAAUCAGCAAUAACCGAGGAAAUGAUAACAUUUUCAGGAGGAGAGACUUCAAGUGGUGCAACACCAGAAACAACAAGUCCAGUGACGGCAGGAAUACUGCCUCAAAAUACAACGGACAGCUUGGUGUUUUCAGUAGAUGAAAAGAGCUAUUCUCCAGACAUUGAUGGACAAUAUAGGCUUGUUACUGAUGGUAAAGAUGUCACUGAAUCGACGAUACCUCAUGGCCUUUCUACAUCUUGGUUUACCUCAAAACAUGAUAAUGUCACCUUAUCACCUGUGACAAUUGCUCCUAGUGACAAAGUAUCCAGUAUAACUACAGAACACGGAACCAGUGGCAUUAGUGAUAUAACUACUUUCACUAACAAAAACAAAAUAUCAACUGAGAGUGCCGUUGACUUUACAGAGGUACCCCUUACUUCAUCUGGUGAUGAAAUAAUUAAUUCAAUCACACAGGAACCUAUCGGGAUAAUUCCUCUGGGAACAAGUCCAACGCCGGAAGAUGAAGUUUCCAGCGGAACGACCAAGUAUGAAACAAGUGGUAUGAGUGACACUGCCACACCUUCCAGCGAUGACACAUCAACAACUGUCACACAAGAGCUUGUUAGCACAGUUGCUGUGGCAAGAAGUACCAUUCCGGAUGCAACUACUGAACAUCCAGAGAAACGAACAAAAUUGUGGGAAAGAAAGGAAUGGGAAGACAAGUUUAGUAGUACACAGGAUCCAGUGACAUCCCACACGAGAAGAACUUAUGAUUCAACAACAAUGGGUGUUGAUAACAUUUUGGAUUCAGGUUAUACGAUAACUGCUGUGACAGAGAAAUGGACAUCCAGUGAUAUCACAGAUAUACUGAUACCAGAUACUGUGACAGAGAAAUGGGCGUCUGGUGAUACCACAGAUAAACGGAUACCUGAUGCUGUGACAGAGAAAUGGGCGUCUGGUGAUACCACAGAUAAAUUGACACCUGAUGCUGUGACAGAGAAAUGGGCGUCUGGUGAUACCACAGAUACACUUACACCUGAUGCUGUGACAGAGAAAUGGGCGUCUGGUGAUACCACAGAUAAACUGACACCUGAUGCUGUGACAGAGAAAUGGGCGUCUGGUGAUACCACAGAUAAAUUGACACCUGAUGCUGUGACAGAGAAAUGGGCGUCUGGUGAUACCACAGAUAAACUGACACCUGAUGCUGUGACAGAGAAAUGGGCGUCUGGUGAUACCACAGAUAAACUGACACCUGAUGCUGUGACAGAGAAAUGGGCGUCUGGUGAUACCACAGAUAAACUGACACCUGAUGCUGUGACAGAGAAAUUGGCGUCUGGUGAUACCACAGACAGGCUGACACCUGAUGCUGUGACAGAGAAAUGGGCGUCUGGUGAUACCACAGAUAAACUGACACCUGAUGCUGUGACAGAGAAAUGGGCGUCUGGUGAUACCACAGACAGGCUGACACCUGAUGCUGUGACAGAGAAAUGGGCGUCUGGUGAUACCACAGAUACAUUGACACCUGAUGCUGUGACAGAGAAAUGGGCGUCUGGUGAUACCACAGAUACACUGACACCUGAUGCUGUGACAGAGAAAUGGGCGUCUGGUGAUACCACAGAUACAUUGACACCUGAUGCUGUGACAGAGAAAUGGGCGUCUGGUGAUACCACUGAUACACUGACACCUGAUGCUGUGACAGAGAAAUGGGCGUCUGGUGAUACCACAAAUAAACUGACACCUGAUGCUGUGACAGAGAAAUGGGGGUCUGGUGAUACCACAGAUAAACUGACACCUGAUGCUGUGACAGAAAAAUGGGCGUCUGGUGAUACCACAGAUACACUGACACCUGAUGCUGUGACAGAGAAAUGGGGGUCUGGUGAUACCACAGAUAAACUGACACCUGAUGCUGUGACAGAGAAAUGGGCGUCUGGUGAUACCACAGAUAAACUGACACCUGAUGCUGUGACAGAGAAAUGGGCGUCUGGUGAUACCACAGAUACACUGACACCUGAUGCUGUGACAGAGAAAUGGGCGUCUGGUGAUACCACAAAUAAACUGACACCUGAUGCUGUGACAGAGAAAUGGGCGUCUGGUGAUACCACAGAUAAACUGACACCUGAUGCUGUGACAGAGAAAUGGACAUCUGGUGAUACCACAGAUAAACUGACACCUGAUGCUGUGACAGAGAAAUUUGGGUCUGGUGAUACCACAGAUAAACUGACACCUGAUGCUGUGACAGAGAAAUUUGGGUCUGGUGAUACCACAGAUACACUGACACCUGAUGCUGUGACAGAGAAAUGGGCGUCUGGUGAUACCACAGAUAAAUUGACACCUGAUGCUGUGACAGAGAAAUGGGCGUCUGGUGAUACCACAGACAGGCUGACACCUGAUGCUGUGACAGAGAAAUGGACAUCCGGCGAUUCCACAAUCAAAUGGACAUCUGACGAUACCACAGACAGUUUGACAUCUGGCACACGCACAACAGCCAUGCCAGUGAAACAUGUUGAUAGUACAACACGUGAUACCACUGACUUUAUAGGUAAUGAGUCGUUCAGUGGAGAAUCAGGUGACACUACAGACAAAUGGAUGUCACUCUUCACAUCUGAACCAAAAGAGCCAACACAUAGUGGAUCCUCGAGGCAUGUUACAUUCCCCACGAUGACUUCAGAAAUGACGACAAACAAGGAUGACCAUACAUCUGAGUUCUACACCAAUGCCAUGGUUAGUGAAGGCCAGACCUCACUGCCAUCAGCAAAGGAACAUAGUGCAACCCCGCGAUCCACAACAGCGACGUCAAGGUAUGAACCGGAUGAAAGGAAUGUACAGAGUGAAGCUACUUCUCAAAGUUUUACUGAACAACCAAAGGCUUCUGUCAGUGACAUUCAGACCAAAACAAGAAGCAGUGAAGCCACAACCAAUACGCUAAGUACCGAUAUGGAGUCUGUCAUGACCUGGUUAUAUGACACUAUGACAACUCUCUCUCCAGAUGAGGAAACAAAGUCCCCUACAGCCACACCCCAACCAACGUCAGCGUCCCAACCAACGUCAGCGUCUUCUCAAGGAAGAAGCGCCACAACUACAACAGCCACGACAGCCACUACUGUACAGGAUGAAACAACAGAGGGCAGUAUAGUUGGCGCAUUUACAUCCUGGCUGUUUUCUGCAGAACCCACAGCUCCAUCGACAACGACGGAUGCCGAAACAGCCUCUACAUCACAACAGAGUGUAAUCAAGAAAACAGAAGAGCCUCUCGAAGCAUCUACGGUGACAACAAUGAAAGCACCUUUCUUCAUUACCAUCAUGGUGUCAAGGAAUAGACACACGAAGAGAUUAACGGAUUACAAUACCAAGAUCAGUCCCACAACUCCCACACGUUCCACGACAACCAGGAAGUACACCAAGCCAAGCAUUGGGGGAAUCACGGUCAGACUUCGCCGUAAGUUUGGCCGCCACACACAAACGAAGCCAUUUAUUAGCAGAAAUGGCACAAUCAUUAUGCAUCGCAGAAACGGCAACUACAGCAGAAGAACUGUGAUAAGGAACAACCGGAACGGCAACGGCAACGGCAACGGCAACGGCAACGGCAACAGGGGGACAGGCAGUAGAAGGAGUUCAAAUAAGAGUAUGCCUACUGUAAGACUAACGGUUUAUAGAAUGGUGAAAAAUGUUUACAACGUUGGCAGAAUUGCACUUCGACAGUCGUAUUUGAGGUGUAGAGCCUUGUUGAGAAGAACAUUGAUAAAACUGGCCCACCUUUGGCGUAAGUGUGUCAACGGGGCUGUGAAAGUGGUUUACACGCCUUACCAAAAAGGCAGACAACUGAUACACAGAAAAUUGAGUUUAGCAUACAAAAAUAUACGACAGGCUUAUGAUUAUGGGCGUAAAGCACUCAGCAGGCAGGUUGUCCAUGUAAAACUUAAAGUGUAUAAUUAUUAUCUUUAUCUAGCAAAUUACUACAAACAGUAUUAUAAUUACUAUUCCAAUUAUUUUACACAUUAUUGGAGUUUUGCAAAGAAAUAUAUUGUUUAGGUGGGCUGAUGGAGAAAUUGAUAUUUUUUAUCUGUUCAAUGAAAACGCCAUAACAUAAAACCCAUCACGUGACUCAGCUGUGUGACAUGGAAUGAUCUCUACUUAGAUGUAUAGUUUCAUUGUUAUCAUGUAGAGGUAGCGAGUCAUCACCAAUGUGUACGUGGAACUUUACAUCCAACAUUUCAGAAGAUACAUGCAGUCAGACUCGUCAUCUUAAAUGCAUCCUUUUGCUGGAACGUUCGUUGCUGUUUAUGACGUUCGUGUGAAAAUUCCUGGUCGGAAGGUGAUACAGUUUAUAUAUGAAAAAAGGACAUUUCAGAUUACUUUUGUUCUUCAAAACUGUAUCUUAGUUACCUGUUUUGGAAAGGUUUGAAAACUAUUCUUUUAUUUUGAUUGAUUUUAUUAUAUUUUAUUUAAUUUUGGUGUGGAGAAAUACGGUUUAAAAAUCAAAUGAGGUAAUCUGAUGUAGUAUAUGUACCACACGGAUACUGUUUUGACGAGUCCUGACAGAACAUCAUGGUGUUUUGUGUGAAUUUACUGAAUAAUACCAGAUGUAUUAUUGAUGGUCUAAACACGUACGGAUGAUGUAAAGAGUAUCCGACGAUGUGAUAUGUGUUACGUGAAGCAUCCAAAUUCGUAAUGUAUUCAAUUUACACUUCAUAGGUAUGAUAAUAUAUUUCAAAAUAUAAAGAUCUACCGGUAAACAAACUUUAGAAAAUCGCGUUUAGAAAUUGUGUUUGUGUUAAUUGAACCAACCAUUAAAAUUGUUUCAUUUGGAAAAUAGGACGGAAACAACACGAUAUGCACGUGCAUUAUUUGAACAUGUGAAAACCUGAUUAUCAACUGAAGAAUGUCAGUUCGAGGUAUUUCUAAAGUUUGUUUAUCCUCAUAAUAAGGAGUUGUUUCGUAUAGCGUUAACGAUUUUGGAGUUACCAAUCGCCCCCGACACUGUUUUUUUAUCACUGCCUGUAGUAUCUUUUUUGUGAAUUGUUUUUUUAUUUUGUAAGGCAAUUUCAGAUACAAUAUGUGUCAAUUGUCAUUUAAUAGACGACAUGUGCUUGAAAUAUGACAUUUUGUGUAACAGUUUUAAAAUGUGUAAUUAUCUCCAUGUUGGAUCUCAUGACUUGCCAUAUUAACAGUGAAACGUGAGAAAUUAUCUUGUUAUUUGAAAAGCUGUCUCAAAGACCAGCCCUUAACGCGUGUUUUUUUUAAAAGGCAUCGAUGACCAAUGGCACAUAAUACCAUAUAUUACAAAACUAUCCGGUGACGUAAUAUAGAUUAAUACACUGAUGUUCCAAUUAUGUUGUUACCUUGUACAUUGUCUUACAGUAAAAAUUGUUUCUUUUUUGUAGUGAACAUGUGUGAACAAUUAACAGUGAACAUGUGUGAACACUAAACUUAUAUGUGUGACCAUGGCGAAUGAUAACAAUACUGAGUGACGCAUAACCAGCUCGUUGCCUCAUUACCUUGACAAAACACACUUAACUGAUCAUUGUUUAAAACAAUACCGUGAUAAAAAACAUGUCAAUUCAUUAAAUAUUUUUUUAAAACAUGUCCUAAAAUUUGAAACAAAUAAAUUAUAUUUAUUAUUUUCUCAACACAAAGCUCCAGGGCAACAGGACCUGGUUUCCAACAAACGCUCGAUCGUGGAGCCACAAGAGUGAUGGAGAUCACGUGCUUACUCUAAUGCGACCAGUCAAACCAAAACAUGUGCGUCAGCCUUGUAUAUGGAAAUGUGUUUCGCAUUCGAGACUUACAUUGUUACCAACAUUUCGUUCAUUUUUGUUUCCAGAUUUUCGUACAUGAUCCCAUUCAUUGCAGAUUAAACCGAUUCCAUAACAAAUCACUGAUCACCAACAUGUUGCGGAUCUCGGCUCCGCAACAAAUCUAGUACUGAUAAUGGAAUCGGAUAAUUCUGGUUCGCUUUGUUAAAAAGGAUAAUCAUUUUAAUAUUAUAUCAGCUGGUUGCCUCCUUUUUCAAAGAGACAUCACGUCAAAUCAUAUCAGCCCCUGCGUUCAUUCAACCCUGCUUAAUAACGAAUUCCAGCAACCUUUAAGAUAAAUUCGGCAUGCAGUCAAACCCUACUGGACUGUUAAUCCGAAAUUCCAACCUUUCAACUUGUGUGUGAAAUGUCUGUAUAUAAUCAUUGGGACGUAAAUCUAAACUCGGUAAUCCAGAUAUUUCUCAAUCAGUGCGAUUUCACUGGAAUCGGAAGUGCGGAUUAACAGGGGUUAACUGGGACCAUAACGUUUACCGCCACUGCUCGUGGAUUAUAAAAGGGUUCGUUAUAUCGGAAAGUUCGCUACAUCCGAUUUCGGUAUAACCGGAGUUGACAGGUCGAGGGAACAAACAUAACAAAAAUGUAGCCACUUGAAUGUCUAUUUUUGUAAGUCGGUGUUGUAUUUGCUGAUUUCGUGUUUGGUGUAUACAAGCGUAUACACCAAGCAUUCGGAUAGUGUUCAUCUGACAUCAUUGUUUCUAUAUAUGUAUUGUGUCGGUGUAUCCAAUGUGAUACACGCCUUUAAAUGGACUUUAUGCUUAGUAGACUUACCUUGUUUGUAUACUUUUGUAGAAAGAUGUAAAUAUUUGUAAAAUAUUCCUGUACAGAUUCAGAUACGCACUAAAGCUUGGUUUCACUGUGA